AUGGCAGAUCAGAAACAUGUGUCACUACUUUUUCAUCGACUCAAUGUUUCCACUCUUCAGACACAAAUCAUCGAUAUUUUGUGUUAUAUCUUAGUUAUUCUGGGAUUUAUUGGAAAUAUAUUAGGACUUUUUGUCUUUUGGUCAUCUCGUCGAACUUGGCAAAUAUCAUCUGCCUAUGUUUAUUUAGCUACUUCUAAUUCAAUAACAAAUCUUCUAAGUGUUAUUCGAUGUGUUUCUCUUCUUCAUUCAAAAUUUCGAAAUAUUUUAUAUGAAUUAGUUGGACAAAUAUGGUGGGCAUGUAAAAUUUAUGAAUUUACAUCUUCUUUUCGAGUUAUUUCAUCAUGGAUAACAUUAUUCUGGAUGUUUGAACGAAUAAUGUGUGUUUCAAAGAGAUUACGAGCAUGUUUCAAUCACUGUAAUUCAUAUCAACUGAAGUUUAUUAUACCAAUCCUAAUUGUUCUAACUAUUCUCGGUUGUGUUGUUGGACCUCCUGUUUAUAUGUUUCAACCACAAAUACUUGAUAAAGAGUUAAUGGAUUCAACAAUGAACAUAAAUAGAACAUAUUGUGAACUGAGCUCCAAAGCAUCUAUGAAAUGGAAAAAAUAUUUUCACGAAAUUCGUAUUGGUAAAAAUCACUUUACAAUACGUUGUUUUUUCUCUGAAUUAAUUCCAACAGGAGCAAUUAUUCUAUUUAAUAGUUAUAUAAUCUACCAUGUUGUACGAGCAUCUCGACGUUUACAUCAAACAAAUGCUCGUCAACUACGUAAAGAACAAUGGCGAAUAAAAUUAUGGAUGAAUAUUGUUUUAGUUCUUCAUUCUCUUCUUUUUCUUUCAUCACUUUUGGUACAUAUUAUUGGACAUGUUCUAGCUGUUGAAGCACAUGAAGCAUGGUGGGUUUUAUUAGUAAUUUUAAUUAAUUGUUCUUUAAACUUUUACGUAUAUUGUUUAUCGGGUAAAGGAUUUCGAAAUGAAAUCUAUUGGUUUAUUCAACGAUUUAAACGACUACUUUUUCAUAGACAACAUACUCAUCAACAUCAAUGA